AUGGGGAAGAAGAUGGAAAAUACAAGGAAUCGCCUAAUUGAGGGACAAGCUGGGCCAUCUGAAAUGAGUACAACACCAAUUGCUGGUAUCCCAGUACAAACAGUUGUAGGAUCAAACACUCUGGAAGACAUGUCUUCAGAACCAUUGGGACCAUUAGAAGAUGCAUCACCUUCAGAGCCAUUAGGAUCAUUAGAACUGGUAGCUCAAGAGGCUCCUUCACAGUCACUAAAAAUUGAGUUUCACCACAGUUCUGGCAUGGCACCAAAGAUAGCCCCAUUUGAAAUGGGAACAUCACACUUUGAUGCAAAGACUACUCCAAAUACCAACCCAUUUUCAAAUCCUUGGGCACCCUUUGUGACCAAGGCAGACUUUGAAUUUGCAGAGCUGGUGACUGGGGAUAACUGCUCAAUUCACUCAAUAGAAACACAUUAA